UUUCGCCGAUAUGGGGAUUUAAUCCUUGAAAAGAAACCCCCCCAAGCGUAAAGAUUCAUUGGAAAUAAUGCAACGAUGACGUUAACGAGAUAUGAGCUCAGGUGUUGAUGUAUCUGUUUGAAUGAGAUAAAAGAGGGUGGAGCAAAUACAUUCAUAAAGCCAAAACCAGUUUAGAUAGAGUCAGUUUGCCAGAGAUACCCGAUAUCUCCAUACGUACGUGCCGCUAGGUCACUCACAUCCGUACAAAGAUGGAAUACGUACUGCUCGUAUCAUUGUUUGUCGCCUGCUGCGUCGGCCAUAGCCUGCCAGUUAGCCAAACCGCGGACGAAGAGGCUCAAACAAAGUCAGAAAAAACCGUAACAAAACGAAGCAUCCCUUGGUACCUUCCGACCAUAUACCUGCCACCGAUCAUCCAAGUGCACCACGUAAUUUACCUUCAAAAGCCGGACGGAAGGUGUUUUUCCGAUUUACCCCGACCGACUCCUGGUCCUUCGGGCAACACAACAAAUGCACUACCUUCUUUGGAAGAUAGACUGGGAGUGAAUACCAACGACACGAAUCAGGAGCCAUCGAAGUGCGUUUGGGCCAUCGUUGCCUGCUGUUCGCCCAAUUCCCGAGAGAUCAGAUACUCCUGUUUCGAACUUCUGGGCUGCGAGGGACCUUUCUGGGAUGAAAAUCCCUGCGAAAGUAGGAUCGUCACCGCAGCGGCUAAUACAGCAUUGAAGUUUUACAUGAGUAACAGUAGGGAAACUCAGAACAAUGAUAUAUAGAUUGACCUAAAUAACUGAACCAACUGUAUUAAGUAAAGAACACUAAAUUCUUUCUGUGAUACCAUCUACCAGCCAUAUAACUUUCACUAUAAAUUUUUUAAGAUACUAAACAUUGUAUUUUAUGAACUUUUUCAAUUGUUGUAACAAGUCUAUUGAUUCAAGCCUACCAUUUAUUUAUAAAAUAUUGAACAACCUACCAGUUCCCUAAUAAUUGGCGAGAAUUGUGAAUCGGUUUUUUGUUAAGCCUUGUUUUAUAUUGUGAUCUUUUAUUAUUCUAAUGUAAUCGAAAUAUAGUUAUUUGUAAUGAAUUUCGUCAACAAUGUUUUUUAUGAUUUAAUAAUCAAUAAUAUUGUGUUUAAUAAAAUAUUUGUUGCUUUUUAUUAAAAUUA